CGGGGAGGCAUCGCGGGUGAGCCGCUGUGCCGCCUGCCGUGUGGGUGAAGAUGCGAGGGGACGUAGCUGGGCGGGACAGCCAGAGGCUGGAUCAGAGCUGGGUUGCGCCUGAAUGCUCUCUGCCUCCCUCCCCUUCUACUCCCCCCGUGCUGCAUUCAGUGGUAUCGCCCAGCUGCCGACCGCAGCGCAGCCCGCCCGGAGCGGGAGGAGCUGCUGCUCGGUGGCAGGUUGGGUCGGUUUUUUCGCUCCUUCCCGUUGCCAUAGUGACUGCGGGCCGGGCCGCGACACCGCGACACGUCGCCGCCGUCAGCACAGCCACAGCCCGGUGGAUCUGCGGGGCGCUGUCAGUUUAACAGGAAAUUUCACCUUGCUAUGAGAACUGAAGAUGGACCCAGAGGAACAGGAGUUACUUGGUGAUUACAGAUACAGGAAUUAUUCUUCAGCAAUUGAGAAAGCUUUGAGAAACUUCGAAUCAUCAAGUGAAUGGGCAGAUCUUAUAUCUUCCCUUGGCAAACUCAAUAAGGCUCUUCAGAGUAACCUGAAGUAUUCUCUAUUGCCAAGACGUCUGAUCAUCAGUAAAAGAUUAUCUCAGUGUUUGCAUCCAGCACUUCCUAGUGGAGUACAUUUAAAGGCACUAGAAACCUACGAAAUAAUCUUUAAAAUAAUUGGGACAAAAUGGCUUGCCAAGGACUUGUUCUUGUACAGCUCUGGUUUGUUUCCUCUGCUGGCAAAUGCAGCAAUGUCAGUGAGGCCUGUUCUCCUUGGUUUAUAUGAGAAAUACUUUCUUCCUCUCCAAAAGUCCCUCCUGCCUGGUCUUCAAGCCUUUGUAAUUGGACUGCUGCCUGGAUUGGAAGAAGGGUCAGAAAUCUAUGACAGAACAGAUGCUUUGCUUGUGAAGCUCUCCUUGUUAAUGGGCAAAGAAGUUUUCUAUGGAGCACUCUGGGGCAGUGUUCUGGUCAGCCCAUCCAUUAGGCUGCCUGCUUCUCUUUUUGUUGUCAGUCAUAUCAACAGAGAGCUGUCUGGAAAACAGCAGAAGUACAUGCUUGGCACCGAUUAUAAGCUUACAAUCAAUUCUUUGUGUGUAUCAGUACUGGAUUCAAAUGUCCUUGUGCAAAGAAACACUCUCGAAGUGAUUCUUUUCUUCUUUCCAUUUGAUACAGCUUUGGACUACAAUGAAAAUGCUAUUCUACUGUGCAGGACUGAUCUAGUCUAUGUUCUGUCAGCAGCUACGCAAACACUGUUGAGGAGAGACAUGUCACUCAAUAGAAGAUUAUAUGCAUGGUUGCUAGGCUCUGAUAUUAAAGGGGGUACUUUUGCUCCAGAGACAACAACUUCUGAAGACCAUGCUAUUUAUUUUUUUGGAAAAUACUCUAGAGAUCUUUUAGUUGAGAGUUUGGCUGAAAUUUUACAUCAGAAAUUCUCUGAGUCUGAUGCAGAGGAACAGCACCAAGCUUAUCUGAAACCUUUCCGCAUCCUUAUCAGUCUCCUUGAUAAACCUGAAAUAGGGCCACAGGUUGUUGGGGACCUCUUCCUUGAAGUUAUUAGAGCCUUUUAUUCCUACUGCAAGGAUGCACUUGGUUCUGAUCUCAAACUUAGCUACAACCAAAGUGGCAACGUACUUGCAAGUGCAAUCAAAGAGAACAAAAAUGCUUCAGAAAUUGUCAAAACAGUCAAUGUGUUGAUUACCUCCUUAAGCACAGACUUUCUUUGGGAUUACAUGACUAAAUGUUUUGAAGAUUGUUUCAGAAAGAAAUCUACACAGACAAGAGAUCUUCGUGAAAAUGUUAGCAUGCCUCCUACUGUUUCAGAGCUCUGCACAUUAUUGGUGUUUCUUCUUGACGUGAUUCCUUUGGAACUCUACUCUGAAGUGCAGACUCAGUAUCUUCCCCAGAUGCUCAGUUAUAUGGUACAGUCUCUCCUGGAAAAUGUGGAGGUAUUAAGUUUGCCAGAACUCACUCAUGCCUUAAAGACAUGUUUUAAGGUGCUUAGCAAAGUGCAAAUGCCUCCUUCCUAUCUAGACAUUGAGACAGGAAGUAGAAAUGGGAGCCCAGUGAAAAAGGAAAAUGUGGAUGUAACCUUGGAGACUAAGUCAGAGCUGCAGGAGGAGGAUGAGACUCCAUUCGCUCCCCUGAAGUCAGAAGACAGUGGCAUUGGUCUGAGUGCUUCCUCCCCAGAGCUCUCUCAGCACUUAGGAGUGCCAACUGUGACACUGGAGAGAGAUGAUGUCUGGAAAAAAGGGGGGAGCAUUCAGAAGACUUUGCAUUGCAUCCAAGAGCUGGUUGCCAAGUUUUCCAGUAAAUACAUUUUUGGGGUGCAAUUUCAAGAAGCAAAUAAUGAAAGCAUCUCAGCAAUUAAUCUGAGUGGAAAAGAGAAAAAGGAGAAUGGCUACAGAUUAUCUGAGAGUGCCAGCAAGAAAAAGAUUCCAAAGCAAAUCACUGUACCUCAGUUUAAACAAAUGCUUUCAGAAUUGUUCUCAGUUCGAGGGUCACCAUUCAAGAACAAGAGUUCUAACCUUCUUUCUUCUGAUUGCAAGUCUGAUAAAAAAGAAAAGGAGGAAGACUGGGACUUGGAACAAGUGAUGCUUGUCUUGGGACCUCUUAGAGCUGACUGCAAGGAAGCUUUUGCUGCAGCUUGUCACCUUCUGUUGGAUUGUACCACAUUCCCCGUCUAUCUUUCGGAGGAGGAAAUGGAACAGUUAUAUAUCUCUUUGUUUCAGUUUCCUGGAGGUUGUGAUGCCAGCUUCCCUCUGUGGCUGAAGUCCUUAAUGACAAUAUGCUGCUGUGUGAAUGACUGCUAUGUUCAGAAUGUGUCCAUCUUCACACUGCUGGAAGUGAUCAACCAUUCCCAGUCACUGGCGCUUGUGAUAGAAGACCGAAUGAAGCGAUACAAAGUCUCUGGCCACAACCCCUUCCUCGGGAAGCUGCAGAUGGUCACGCUUCCUCCCAUUGCUCCUGGAGUUCUAAAGAUCAUCUCAGAGAAAACAGAUUUCUACCAGAGAGUAGCUUGCGUGCUCUGGAAUCAGCUGAACAAAGAGACACGAGAACAUCAUAUUGCCUGUGUGGAACUAUUCUAUAGGCUGCAUUGCCUGGCACCAUCAGCAAAUAUCUGUGAAGACAUUAUAUGCCAUGCACUUUUGGAUCAUGAUAAAGGAACAAGGCUGGAAGCACUGUUCAGAUUCUCUGUCAUGUGGCAUCUGACCAGAGAGAUCCAAGGCAGCAGAGUAUCUUCUCACAAUCGGUCCUUUGAUAGGUCUCUGUUUGUGGUACUGGACAGUCUCAAUUGUUCAGAUGGUGCAAUUGGUGCUGCAGCACAGGGCUGGCUGAUCCGUGCUCUUUCACUUAAUGAUGUUGCACGGAUUCUUGAACCAGUCCUGCUGCUGUUGCUUCAUCCAAAGACACAACGCACGUCCAUCCACUACAUCAAACAGAAAAAUUCAACAGAAGAUAUACAUGAUUGGCUUUGCAAGAAAAAGGUCUCCUGGAAAGAAUCUUGCGUCUCUGAGAGCAAUUCUGAAGAAAACCUCCCAUUGAGUCAGUUUACUGCUGUGGAUAGAGAAGCAAUUUGGGCAGAAGUGGAAAAAGAUCCAGAGAAGCUGGAGUUAAAAACUGAACAGUCUGAAAAUGAUGCCUCUUGUAAACCUGUAACUUCGCAUGAGGCAGGUGGUGACCAGGAUAAUAGUGAACACACAGAAUCAGCAGAUACCAGCACAGGCCAUGACAGUGAAAAUACAUCCUCUUUUUCUCCUUCUCUGGAGCUGCAAGAAAUGAGCAAUGAGGACAAUGACAGUGCUGCAGCUGAUGGCAAAGAGAACACAAAUCAAGCAUUCCUUCCUGAAAGCUCCAAAUCCAGUGUAGCACUAAACCUUGUGCGUGCUGACUCUGAAAGGACUCAAGCGUCAGAAUCUCUGUCAAGUGAUGAGGAAGUGGACCUGGAGCUCCAGGAAAUUACAAACUCUAGGUUGCUCAAGCAGCAGAAGGAAAAACAGGAGAUGGCUGAGGCUCUGUUCAAACAUAUGCUGUUAUAUUUGCAACCCUAUGAUUCCAAGAGGGUACUGUAUGCUUUUUCUGUUCUGGAGGCAGUGCUUAAAACAAACCCUAAAGAAUUUGUUGAAGCUGUAGCUAGUACUAGCAUGGAUACCAGCUCCACUGCACAUUUGAAUCUUAUUUACAAUCUCCUAGCUCGUCACCAGGAAGCUCUUGUAGGGCAAAGUUUUUAUGGCAAGCUUCAGACUCAGUCCCCAACCAUGUGUCCCCAUUCUCUCCUAAUAGAAUUGCUCACUUAUCUCUGCCUCAGUUUUCUGCGCUCGUAUUAUCCAUGCUACUUGAAGGUUACACACAGAGAUGUGCUUGGCAACAGAGAUGUCCAGGUAAAAAGUGUGGAAGUCUUGAUUAGGAUGAUGACCCAACUGGCUACCAUGGCAAAAGCAGCAGAGAAUAAGAACGUAGAAUUCAUACGGAAUUUGCUAGGAAGAUGCAAAAUUCAGGAGUUUGUUCUUCUUUCUUUGUCUGCAUCUAUGUACACAAGUCAGAAACGGUAUGAACUGCUUAUGGUAGGUGGAGUUAAUAACAUUCUGGAAGAAGAUCUUUUUGAAGAGAGCCUAAUCAAUUUUGGACAUGAUCAAAUAUGGAGCGAACACCCGCUCCAGAUUGAGUUGCUGAAGCUCUUGCAAGUAUUGAUUGUCUUGGAGCACCAUCUUGGACAGACUCCAGAGGAGCAGGAGAAUCAGCCAGACCUCUCCAGGGAAUGGCAGCAGGCUCUUAAUUUCCAACAGGCUAUUGGUGCAAUGCAGUAUGUCUAUCCACACCCAAUAACUUCACAGGGAUUAUUUGUCUCUGCUGUUGUUAGAGGUUUACAACCAGAGUAUGGUUAUGGGAUGCAUCCUACUUGGGUAAGCUUAGUCACAUGUUCCCUGCCUUACUUUGGGAAGUCUUUAGGUUGGACUGUGGCACCAUUUGUUGUACAGAUUUGUAAAAACCUGGAUGAGCUUGUCAAACAGUACGAAAAUGAAGCUGUGAAGAUAUCUGUGAAAACAUCUGCAAGGUAAGAGUCUGCAGUGUGGGCUUCGUUAUGCU